AUGCUAACAAAAGGAAAAGCCUGGAACAUAAGCCAGACAUAUGGGAAGGCAGUGCAGACAGGAGACGAAAGCCCAGUAGAGUUUCAUGAAAGGCUAGUGGAGCUGUUUAAACAGAUACAAAUGGAAGAAGUGAGCUCAGAAGAUGCAGAAAAGUCAAACAGAUACCGAGAGGCAUUUCUCCAAAAACUCAUUCCUGAAAUCGAAUCAGUCAUAGCGGGAGUAUUAACUGAUGACAUGGAAUGGGAGGAUUUGAUAAAAAUUGCUGACGGAGCUUAUUAUCAGCGCCUGAGACAUAGAGAGGCCAAGAUUGAGGGAAGGGAAAAUGAUCCUAUUACUGAUGAUUAUGACUACAAUGGGAUACUCAUCUUCGGAUAUGUUUUCAGCAUGGAGGGUCGAAAUGAUCCAUCUUACCGGUUUACGAAUGAAACCAAGCCAGUCCAAAUGAUGUGCCAGAAGGAGGAGUUUAAAAGCACUUACAUUCGUGAAGUUGAAACCAGAAUCCUUGAGCUCCCCUAUGUUCAGAAAGAGCUGAGUAUGAUCAUCAUGUUGCCAGAUCUAAAAGGUGCUGCAAGUGGACUGCAAAAGCUUCAAAAUGGUCUGACUUUUGAUAAGCUGCUAGAGUGGACCAACCCAGACAAGAUGUAUAAUGAUGAGAUUGAAGUAAUGCUUAAUGCUCCCCAAUUUAAGAUGGAGAACACCUAUGACUUCACCUCAACACUUGGUGUUAUGGGAAUGGUUGACGCUUUUGAUGCUUUGAAGGCAAAUUUCUCGGGAAUGACUGAGAAAAAUGACCUGAUUUUGUUAAAAGUUGUUCACAAAACCUUUGUUGAAGUUCACGAAGAAGAUACAGAAGGAGCAGCUGUCACAGCAGCUAUUCUGAUGUUACGAUGUGCAAUGAUUACAGUGGAGUUUGUGGCUGACUAUCCAUUCCUGCUUUUCAUCAGGCACAACAAAACUCACAACAUCCUGUUCUUUGGGAGUUUUUCCUCUCCUUAA